AUGGAUUUGUUCUUUCAACCAACAAAAGGAAGGCCAUUUGCAAUUGAAGUUGGCUACUUCGACUCUAUCUUAGAAAUCAAAGAAAAAAUCCAAAAAUAUCAAGGCAUUCCUGUUCCAAAACAAACAUUAAUUUUCAAAGGUAACAUCCUAGACGAUCAUAUAAAUGUUCAUUAUUCCGACAUCCUCAAUAAUUCUCACAUUCAACUCAUCGUAGAAUCCGAAUCCAAAUCCGAAUCGGACAAGAACAUUAAUAUCAUCAAGGCAGAACAGUCGUCUCCAAGGAAGAAAAUCCAACUCCUCGUCAAGAUGCCAACGUCGUCAAAACUAGGAAUUGCCCUAGAAAUGAACGUUACGGAUAGCGUUAGAAGGGUAAAAGAGAGAAUUCACGAUAUGGAAGGUGUACAUGUGAGUAAAUUAGUAAUGUAUGCUAAUGGAAUUGAAUUGAUUGAUAAUCAAAGUCUACAAGAUUAUGGACUUUCUGAUAAUUCAGAAAUUGAUGUUAGUAUAAUUAAGCCUAAUUAUAUCGCGGCGUCUACGACAACAAUUUCUUCAGGAUCAUCAUCAGGAAAUAAUAUAAACGGAUCGAAGAAAAUAAGAAUUUUGGUUUUGUCUAAAUGUGGUACGAAGAAAUUUCCUAUCGAAGUUAAUCCGUCAGACAAUGUGGGACACUUGAGAAAAGAGCUACAAAUAUUGAACCAAAAAUUGGAAUUAGAUCUUCCAAAAGAAGGGUAUUUUUUUAUUUAUAAGCAAAAUGUGAUGGAUGAUGAUCGUUCUUUUAGAUGGCAUCAUGUUUCUCAAGGUGACACCAUUGAGAUCUUUAAUGGUAGUGUCACUGGUGGAGCUUAA